AUGAACACCAUUGGACCUUAUCGGAACAGACAAGAAACGUACCCGUACUUCUCGCUGCCGUUUUGUCGUGGACCUGAAACCACAAUUGAGCAUGCUCACGAAACACUGGGAGAAGCUCUUCAAGGUACCGAGUUGCAAUACAGUGGAAUCAGUAUCCGUUACAAGGUGGAUGUUCAAUCCGCUCCAGUUUGCUCGAUUACGGUAACACAAGAAGUGCAUGACCGAUUGCGCGACGCAAUCAUCGAUCAGUAUUGGUAUCAAAUGUAUCUGGAUGAUUUGCCAAUUUGGAGCGUGGUCGGAGAGGUGGCCAGUGGAAACAAAGCGUAUAUUUGGACGCAUAAGAAAUUAGAAAUCGGUUACAACGACCAACGCAUUGUUCGUGUCACUUUAUUCAACAGCGAACUGGUGCCACUUGAGGUUGGCUCGCAGGUGCAUUUCACCUAUUCGGUUUUCUGGCUCCCGUCCAACAUUACAUUUGAGCGUCGUUAUGAUGAAUAUUUGGAUUAUCAAUUUUUCCAACAUCGAGUGAGUGUUUUCUAA